ACCAUAACAACAAAAACAACAAUCAACAAUGUUUAAAAUAGUGCUUCUUUUAACCAUCUUUACCAUCGCAUCAUCAGAAAAAUUAGAUGGCUACAACUAUAACAGACCAACAAUAGCAUUUCUUUUACCACGCCAACAACUAGUUUUACCACGACAACAACAACUUCCUGAAAUUUAUGGCCCCCCACAAAGUUUUUCUUCCCCUCAAAGCGAGUAUGGACCACCACUUCCAACUGAAUUAACUCCACCGGAAGUUGAUUUGGAACCAAGAGAAGAAAGUGAAGAUGUUUUAACAACCACUGAGAUGCCAACGACAACCGAGGAGGUUCCAAAAGAAGCGGAAGAAAUUAAAGAAAGUAAAGACGUCGAAGAAAUUGAAGGUGACGUUGAAAAUAAAGAAGUUGAAGAUGCGAAAAACGAGGAAGGUGUUUAUUACAUUUAUCACCCAUCUGGGUUGUUACAAAGAAUCAUUUACACGACUAAUAACGAUGUGAGAAAUAUGGCUUAUACCGCUCAAUUUAGAUAUAAAGAUGUCGAACCGAUUAGAGAUCCAGUUUAUACUUAUGAUCCAGAAACUUUAGUUUUGAGACAAAUUGUGGCUUAGUUUUAUUUUUAUUUAUUUUAUUGUAACCUUGGUGGAUGUAUUUAAUUAAAAAGAGCACUUAUUA